AUGAUGGAAGCAGAGCAGUCCGCCAUUCGAAUCACUACGGCUACUCAAACAUUUAAAGGUCAUACUAAUAGUAUCUUUGCAGUUGCAGUCUUCCCCGAUAGACGCCGUAUGGUGACGGCCUCGUACGACAAGACACUUCGUCUGUGGGACCUAGAAGGCGGUGGUGUGUUGAAGACAAUUGAAGGGCAUCGCUUCGCCGUAGAAAUAGUUGCAGUAUCAAGAGACGGGCAAUUCAUAGCAAGCGGUGAUGAUGGUGGAGAGCUCAUAGCCUGGAACAGAGACAGCGAAUCUCUCACCAAACCUAUCAAAGUCCACUCCAAAGAAAUAUUGGGGCUUGAUUUUUCCCCAGACAGCACAUGGCUGGCGAGCGGCUCAUUUGACACUACAGCGGAGCUCUGGAACACAAAAACAUGGCAGGUGCAAGGAAAUCCAAUCAAUUGUGGGACUAACGCUCAAAUCUUCUGCGUUCGGUAUUCACCCUCUGGUGAACAUCUUGCUAUCGCAACAAAGCUAAAUAUCCAAAUAUGGAAUCCAAGCAACAGGAAAUGCAUUGCGAAGUUCCAGGGUCAUUAUGCGUUCAAUGAAGCAUGUAAUCUUUCACUCGUGUGGACGCCCGACGGCAAACAGCUUGUCUCGUCUGGUAAUAGACGUGACCCCACCCUGCAGAUCUGGGAUUCAUCGACCUGGACACAGGUCGGUGAGCCCUACAAGGGCCAUACUGACUCUGUCCACAUGAUUGCCUUGAACCCUACUGGCACCCUUCUCGCCUCCGCAUCUUCCGACCACCAGAUUCGCCUUUGGCGGCUUUCAGAUCGAAGAACCAUCGCCAUAUUUAAGCACUCCAAUAAGGCGUUCUGUGUCACCUUCUCCAAGGAUGGCAAGCACAUCUUCAGCGGAGGAAAAGAUUUUAUGAUCUCAAAGUGGGCAGUACCUUUUUUGGAGGACAUUCACGAGGACCAGCCAUCAGAUGACGCGUUACGGAAAGACACUUUGAAGGAACAAGUGGCAGAUAACAUCCUCACCAUCAACACGACAGCUCGCAAUGCAUGCAUAAGCGGGGACUUGCUCGCUGCUGACAGGAUUUUAACUCAAGAUAUCAAUGCGGAUGGCAACGACUACAACUCUUAUGCGAAUCGCUCGUUUGUCAAGGCAAGAAAUUCAGACUGGGACUCUGCACUUGAUGAUGCGCACAAAAGCAUCGGUAUUCAGCCAUCCUUAAUGGGCUGUAUCUCGAAGGGCAUCGCCCACUGCGGAAAACGACAGUUCCAAGAUGCGAUGAAAGCAUUUGACCUCGCCUUCACGUAUGUGGACGCAGACUUGGGUAAAACUCGUCUGCUACUCUUGAUUAAGGCCAUCGCCCUUUUCAAUGCAAAUCAACAUGACGAGGCCAUUCUGCGCGUCCAAGAGCUAGCUGCCACUCGUCCUGAUCCAAAUUCUCUUGCGUGUGGUAUCGUGGAAGCUUAUCUGCACCUCCAAAUGGGAAUGAACGCAUUAGACAACGCACGUCACAAUGAAGCGGCUGACCACUUCACUGCUGCUGUCAACACCAUUGGUUUCUCGUCUAUGUCGGCCACUCAUUCCAGAUAUGAUGUCUUCGUGGUGUUAUUUGGGUGGGAUCUCGAGUCCUUGUGGCAAACUGCACACCAGAAUCGGUGCCAUUUGUUGCUUCAGUCAGGUAGACUGCCAGAAGCCAUCAAAGCAUACCGAUACAUGAUGGAUAAGGCUGAUGAGGCUACGAAGGCACGAUGCCUUGAUUGGUCUACCGGCAACGUGCUCUAUGCUGCCGCUGGAGUGGCUGACCUCACUGCGAGCGGAGAUUCUGCCCUCGCUGCAGGCGAUUAUGACAGAGCUAUCGAGCUCUACUCUACGGCGAUCGACCUCGAUUUGGCAACCGGUACAAUUUUUGCGAACCGUAGUAAGGCGAGGUCGGGAAAAAUGCUAUGGGACGAUGCACUCCUUGAUGCAGAGAAGGUGAUCGAACUUGACCCCUCAUCUUACUUUGGAUAUCAGUUGAAGCAUGCAGUACUUCACGGCGCACACCGAUAUGACGAAGCGAUCGACGCAUUCCAAACCAUUCUCUCCAAGUUGGAAAAUGCUGCUGACACACAAACACGCAGGCUGCGCCAACAAUACCUUAAUCCAUCCAAAGCAGAAGGAGCUAUUCAACAGACCAUCAAGGAUCACCUCGAUGACGCCCCGCAUCGUAUGCUGAAUACCCUUGCUGGGCGCUUAUGCGAUCGACAGGCACAGAUUGGUGCCUUCAAAACGAGCACAGAGUACAAGGAGCUUUUGUCAUCGACAUUGAUGCACGCAGAACUCCGAAUGGAGCGCAUUAAAGAUGUCGUGGCGACGUACUUCUGUUGUGUCACGCUAUCGCAUCGGUGGGAAGGGAAUGAACCGCUGCUGCACGACGUCCAGGACAAGGUCGUUGAUGAGUUGAAUCCAGUUGGGGGCAUCAUGAAGUUGCAGUCUUUCUGUAAAACUGCUCGUGCUGCGGGGUAUCGCUGGGGGUGGAUUGAUUCAUGUUGCAUCGACCAGGCCAACAACGUCGAACUCCAAACAUCGCUCAAUUCCAUGUUCGACUGGUAUCGCACCUCAGCGCUCACGAUGGUCUACCUAUCAGAUGUUCCGCCAUCGUCAAACACAAGAGGAUGGACCGUACCUGAAUUCCUCGCUCCAAAAGUCGUUCGCUUCUACCAAAGCGAUUGGACCCCGUAUCUCGACGACCACUCUCCCAACCACAAGCAGUCUGUCGCGAUCAUGCAGGAGUUGGAGGGUGCGACAGGGAUAGAUGCACAAGCCCUUGUCGCAUUCCGUCCUGGAAUGAUAAACGCCCGCGAGAAACUUCAGUGGGUGUCGACGCGUGUCACCACAGUGCAGGAAGACAUCGCGUACUCAUUAUUUGGUGUUUUUGGUGUUCGGCUUCCUGUCAUGUAUGGUGAGAAGAAGCAUAACGCGCUGGGGAGGCUCUUGCAGGAGAUCGUAGCUCAGUCGGGCGACAUCAGCGCCCUGGACUGGGUGGGGCAAUCAUCCGAAUUCAAUAGCUGUCUACCGGCCGACAUUACUUCAUACAAAGCUCCACCACACACCCUGCCAUCUUUGUCCGAAAAUGACAUUCAGACGUCAAUCUCCACGCUUGGACAUGUCGCGGCUGUGGAUUUGGCCUUGAAACUUUAUGUCCUGCUUGACAACCUGAACACGCCUCGUUUCGCUAACUGCAGACUGCAUCUGCCUUGCCUUGCAUUUCGUGUCACGGCAGUCAAACGGAGUCGUGCCGAGGACCAGGAUAUAUAUGAAGUUAAGGCCGAAGGGCUUCAUAACCUGCUGAUCACCACGGAGGACAAGUUGAAUCAGUUCUCAUCGCCACGACGCACGAUGCAGACAUUCUUGCUUGUUCGUCCGUGGAAUCGAUUUCUCCUCGGGCUUCCUGACUUCGCGGAGCAGUCUGGCUUGGCAGAGCUGCCUGACAUUGUCGACGAUACGCAGAGUGAGGAUGAUUAUUGGUCUGCACCCGGGUCUCCAUUACAGAAUUCCUCUGGCGGGUUCCCUGGAGCACAAGAGUUGGUUGAUCCAGAACUGAGCUAUCGAGCCUUGCAAUUAGCUGCUCGCCUUGGACAGCCUUUUGGAGCAUUUUUGCUAGCGCAGCAGCGCGGCGGAGAAUACAAGAGAAUCGCGUCAGAUCAUGCUAUUAUUGCACAAGUCCAAGACCUUUCUUCUAUUCCGGACAUGGUCAAGACGCUAGAGAUAUUGUAG